CUUUGCCGUUCUCGGGGAGCGCCCGGGACUUGCCCAGAGUGGUGACGGCGGCAACAUGUCGGUGGCAUUCGCGGCCCCGAGGCAGCGCGGCAAAGGGGAAAUCACCCCCGCUGCGAUCCAGAAGAUGUUGGAUGAAAAUAACCAUCUUAUUCAGUGUAUAAUGGACUAUCAGAACAAAGGAAAGACUUCAGAGUGUUCUCAGUAUCAGCAAAUGUUACAUACAAAUUUGGUCUACCUUGCUACAAUAGCAGAUUCUAAUCAAAAUAUGCAGUCUCUUUUGCCAGCACCACCCACACAGAAUAUGCCUAUGGGUCCUGGAGGGAUGAAUCAGAGCGGCCCUCCCCCACCGCCCCGCUCUCACAACAUGCCUUCAGAUGGAAUGGUAGGUGGGGGUCCUCCUGCACCACACAUGCAGAACCAGAUGAACGGCCAGAUGCCUGGGCCUAACCAUAUGCCUAUGCAGGGACCUGGACCCAAUCAACUCAGUAUGACAAACAGUUCCAUGAACAUGCCUUCAAGUAGCCAUGGAUCCAUGGGAGGUUACAACCAUUCUGUGCCAUCGUCACAGAGCAUGCCAGUACAGAAUCAGAUGACAAUGAGUCAAGGGCAACCAAUGGGAAAUUAUGGUCCCAGACCAAAUAUGAAUAUGCAGCCAAACCAAGGUCCAAUGAUGCAUCAGCAGCCUCCUUCUCAGCAAUACAAUAUGCCACAGGGAGGUGGGCAGCAUUACCAAGGCCAGCAGCCACCUAUGGGAAUGAUGGGUCAAGUGAACCAAGGCAAUCAUAUGAUGGGUCAGAGACAGAUUCCUCCUUACAGACCACCACAGCAGGGCCCACCACAGCAGUACUCAGGCCAGGAAGACUAUUAUGGGGACCAAUACAGUCAUGGUGGACAAGGUCCUCCAGAAGGCAUGAACCAGCAAUAUUACCCUGAUGGUCAUAAUGAUUACGGUUAUCAGCAACCGUCGUAUCCUGAACAAGGCUACGAUAGGCCUUAUGAGGAUUCCUCACAACAUUACUACGAAGGAGGAAACUCCCAGUAUGGACAGCAGCAGGACGCCUACCAAGGACCACCUCCUCAGCAGGGCUAUCCACCGCAGCAGCAGCAGUACCCAGGCCAGCAAGGCUAUCCAGGACAGCAGCAGGGCUACGGUCCUUCACAGGGCGGUCCAGGUCCUCAGUAUCCUAAUUACCCACAGGGACAAGGUCAGCAGUAUGGUGGGUAUAGACCAACACAGCCUGGACCACCACAGCCACCACAGCAGAGGCCUUAUGGAUAUGACCAGGGACAAUAUGGAAAUUACCAGCAGUGAGAAAGUACUUACAUUCCAGUAGCCAGUAUCUGUUAGCAGCCAUAUUGUCACCUCAGCACUGUGGACACCUCCUUGUGAAGAGAUCCUUCCAUUCCAUCUAAUUUUUGAAGAAACCUUGUGGAUAAGAGGCUGUUUCAGCAGGAAGCAGCCUUUGUGGCUUAGACCUAAAGGUUUUAGUAGCUCAAAAAAUACUCUUGAUUUCACAUUUCUACUCUAGAUGGCAACAUUGGACAGAAAAUACAGUGACAUAACCAAUUUGCAGUGAUUUCGAAACUGUUUCAAAUGGACUGUUACAGACUGAAAGGUGUUCAGCUUUGUAUGUUUAUGAAGGUUAAGAGAAUUUAAUACUUUUCCACAGAUUCUUUUGUAAGGGGAAGAGGGAAAUGUACACUUUUUACAACAGCAAUAUUUUGUAUAUUAUGUUUAUUUCUUGUGGUGAAUAUGCAAGGCGGUACACUACUACGCACUGGACAGAAUCAUCUGUUAACGUAGAUUGGAGCAUGGUGGAUGCUUGUGUUGGUCUCAAAAUGGUGUAUUAUAAAGACAGAGGUGAGGGGAAAGACAAAGCACACCAUAUGUCCACUGGUAGGCUCUUUAGAGGAAAUUUAGAUCCCUUUAUCUGUUAGAUGAUCAAGGGCACUGUGAUACAAUUUUGAGUAAAAAGACAUUUUUUAAAAAGCCUUCCAAUUUUGUGGAUUAUAAACCUUUUUUAUAAAGUCACUUAUAAUAGUUUUAAAAUGUGAGGCAAUAAGAAUUACUUCAUGUUGAAUUUGAAAAUAUGGUAACACUUUCAUGUAAAUGAAGUGGUAAUCCUCUCCCAAGAUAGCAAUAAUUGAAACGGGAAGCGUUAAUUCACCUUGUUUGAUUAAUCAGUGAACUUAGUAAAUAAUACUAAAGCAUUUUAUAAUUGAUAUCAAAGAGGAAUCAACAUUGAUUCAGUAAUUUUUUAAAUUUGGAGGAUAAUUGGUCGGUGUUAGAAAAUAGUUCAGGAGAGUUUAUAUAUCAUUUCAACUUUUAUAAGUGGAAGAAUACCAUUUAUAAUGGGGCACUUAUAAGUUUAUCUUUUUUAUGUUCAUUAAUAUAACACAAAGAUGUUUAGGAAAAUGCUUAUUGAGGUUUAUUCUAAUCUGUAUUAAAAAUAGAGAUUGCAUUCUUGAUCACUUUAUUUAUUAGCAUGUCAUAUUUAAUCAUUAUUUGAGACUGCCCUGUGCCUGAUUAUUCUAGCCAAAUUCAGGGAUGUUGCAUUUGGCAGGAAAUCAUAUAUUGAGAAGUUUAUAACCACAACUAUUUAAACAUAAACUGAAAACAACUAGCCCAAAGGUAAGUUGCUAUUUUCAUCACAGUUGCCUAUUCCCAGGGAAUAAGAUGUUUUCUUUAUAAUUGAAUCAAUUUUUUUCCCACCUCUAACUGGAAAUAAACAGAAGAGAUGCCAUAAAUUUGAAUAAGCAAAAUACAUUGUUCUCAACAUAUUGUAAUCAAAAGGAGGAAUUUCAUUGUGUUUCUGUGUGUGUAUGAGAGAGUGUGUGUUUUAAGGUCAGAAUCAGUUUUUUCAACUUGGUCAGUUGAAAAUGGGUAUCAGGUUUGAACAGAUAAAACAUGGACAGCCUUAUUGUGAUUGAAAUGCUUACAGAUUCUGUGCCAAUUUUCCACCACUGUGUACUUUGUUCCUAUUUAAAACGGUAUCAACUCUAACUGAAGAAUAAAUUAUUUGUGAUUUUAA